AUGGCGUGGAGCUUAAAGGGGGGCGGAGGCACGCAGGACUGGGCAUCCAAGAAUGCCGAGUACAUACGGAGGUGGACAGAAUCAGCUGCGGUGGAUGUCAUCAUUACUGCUGGACAAUACGACGAGGCCACGUACUGGGACUACCUUGCUUGGUACCGUCCGCGCACGCGUGCCACCUUACUCAGCGGACCUGUACAGCCGGGCCCCAGACCCUUCCCCGAGGAUCGUGCCCGCCUACUUCAUGUUGUGACUGAAGAGGCGUAUGAGAUGCAUACGCAAGCGGAUCAACCUUUUGGGGAACCAAGCAGGUCAUCAUUGCAGAGGGAUCGUAACCCUCUCCGGGAGUACAUGAGGACAAGAGGAUCCCGCUUCCUAAACGCUAUACGUGGUCUAGGUGGGUGUGCCCCGCAAUGGAGGGGGUACGACCAACAUGCCAUGGACCCGUCUCGUGCCUCCCACAGCAGGCGGUCCUCCCACAGCAGGCGGUCAUCUAGUGCUCGUGAGGAACCCGUUCGGUCAGAAUCACGACAUACAUCUUCAGCUUCGGCGCGUCAUGUCUCAUGUUCCGGUGCUGAGGCCGAGGAGUGCACGCAGCCUCCUGCGCCCGAGCAGGUUACGCUGGGUUCACUAGCACCUCCGGCUACGAUGACACCUCCGGCUGCAGCAUCUACUCAUCAGGAGGACGUCGUUGACUACACGCAGCAGACCCCUUGCUGGAGCGACCCUAAUGCUUUUGACUGGGGUGCUGCAAUGCAUGCGACCGCCACCUUCACUGAUCUACUCGGCGGACAGUCUUCUCAUGAUCUCAAUGAACCUGGAAGUUCACAUUGGAACUAA